AUGGAGCCCGAGGGACCCGAGAGCGACGGUAAGGAGUCGCUGGGCAGACGUGCGUGUGAUCAAUGCCGUGCCAGAAAGAUACGCUGCGACAAGCAAUCCCCAUGCUCGAAUUGUCGCAGUUCUCAGAUUGUCUGUCGCUCCACUGGAGCUGGGCAGAAGCCUCGUGAGCCCCGUAGAAGAGUUUUGAUCUCUAGUCAAUAUGAAAAGAAAAUCGAUCUUAUCGAGGAACGUCUCGGAAGUAUUGAGCAGGUUCUCCGAGAGUUGAGAUCCAGCAUGGGGUCUUUUAGCAAGUCUCCCGCCGAGCCAUAUUACCAUGCCACACCUGUAUCGGGACAGGCCACCCCCUCGACGGCCGAGUUUCGCUCCAACACUACCGCUGCCUUGGACCAGCACGAGGCCGAUCCUGCAUUUGAGGGCAACUCUUCGCUUGCCGCCCAUUCCGCCUACGCGAGUAGAUUCCUGGAAACAGCUGUCUCCCGCAGUGCGCUCCAAAUGUCGACCCCGAAGAUGGGCGCGGCGUUGUCCACGCUGAAGCAGAUGGUCAAUAUGCAGGAUAACCAGACGAGCUCGUCAGCCCGGGAAGUCCGUUUUCCCAAUCAGCGGGCCAUGCCGAACUCUGGGUUGCGCGACCUAAUCAUGCCGCCUAUUCAGAGCGUUCUGCCGGUGUUGCGCCGGUUGAAAGAGGACCCGCCAACCGCCUUGCAAGGCUUUUGUCCGUUUAUCCCGGCCGAGCGUCUGAUCGAGAAAUGCAAAGAGGUGUACUUUGCCACGGAGGAAUACUCGGACGCCACGUUCAUUGUUGUCAAUGGAGGGCUGUUCUAUGUUUUCUCAGAGUAUAGCUAUACGGUCAAAGAUGACGAGACACGCGAGAAUUACCGGAAAUAUCUGAAGCUUUGCCACGCCAAUCUGGAAACGGCACUAGCUAAUCUUAGUCUCCUGAUGCCCGCGCGGAUGGAAUCUGUCGAGGCACUGACCCUGGGAGCUGUUCAUGCCAUCGAAAUUUCAAAACCAUCGUUUGCUCUGACGCUGACUUCCACUGCGUCCCGUCUGUGCCAAACUCUGGGCUACCACCGGGCGUCUUCUAUGGAAAACGACAGUGCGGCUGUCAAGGAGCACAAGAAUAGAUUGUUUUGGUCGAUAUAUUGCAUCGAUAAGGCGCUCUCUUUGCGUCUCGGGCGCGCCUCGACCAUCCAGGACUACGACAUUUCUUUGUCGUGGGAAUCGAGUACAUUGGUCGGGUUGGAGCCUUACAGGGACAUCUACAUGCUGUGGAUCCGGUUGGCAAAGAUCCAGGGCAAGGUGUACGAGAAGCUGUACAGCCCUGCAGCCCUUUGUCAGCCCGAGACCGAGCGAGUGGGCCAUGCUCGUCAAUUAGCCUCGGACAUGCAGUGGAAAGUCAUGGAGCCUUUCAAGCUUAUCUUCAAGACGGUCCCGAAAAUGAACAUUGUGGAGGAGCUCUACGUUCGGUCUGACGAAGUGUGUCGCUUAUCUGUGUUGACUCUCAUCUACAGAGCCAUCCCACCGCCCCCUGACUCUCCCAGCACCUUUAUCAAAGAGUGCAUCGAGACGGCUAGGAUUGCUCUUGAAUCGCAUCAGACUUGCAUGGCGAUGUUCAGCGAGGUGGACGAGUACCUGAUGCGGUCCUACUUGCAUUGGACCAUACUCUACUCCCCUUUCGUUCCGUUCAUCGUCCUCUUCUGCCACAUCAUCGAAGUCUCCUCCCACUCGGACCUCAAACGCAUCGAAGAUUUCGUCGCCUCCCUCGAACCAGUCUGCGCUUUGUCCGAGGCGAUCGCCAAAAUGCACCGCCUCUGCCAGGUACUAAGUACCGUCGCGAGAUUAUACCUAGAAGCCAAAUCCCAGGCCCAGACCCAACAGGACCAGUCCCUGGCCUCUGUGGGUCAGGAGUUCGACUCAUACUUUACAGCGCUUGGACUGGCGCCGGCCCCGACCGACGAUACGGAAAUGCGCUGGACUGCCACUGCUGCUGUUCCAGGUCCAGCUAAUCCUGCGGCAGCCGCUACAGUCGCCGCCGAUCCGUUGACCGGCGAGAUGCCUACCGAGAUGAGAGGAGUGGAGGGUCAAGCGCUGCCCAUUAACGCACCCCAGACUACCUUGGGGAACUGGUUCUCUGGGAAUCAGCACAUGAUGGGUCUACUCGAGGAAGACUGGUCCCUGUUCGAUCCGCGUGCAUGGCCGCAACAGAUUUAA